UCUUGAGUGGUGAGUUCAUAAGUCUAUUAAACUGCAUACUCCAUUCUGAAGAUGUGAGUCAGACUGAGGCGGUCAAUAUAAAAUACCCUGUGUGAACCAUAGACUGUUGCGAUCAUAUAGGGGAGUUCCCCUUGUGCGACGUUUCCGUGUUCGCGAAGUGCUCAACAUUUCCUUGAAGAACCCACCUGUUUGUUUACCCGUUCAAUCAUGAUCGCUGGAUAAGAUAGCUGACAUUCAUGCCCGAAAGGACUUCAUUCAUGAGAGGAAACGGGACCGUACACGCAUCUCCAGACUUCUAGGAGCAUUUGAAGCGCCUCUCGCCGGAUAGGGUCUGUAGUCUGUGGGGAAGACUCUUGAGGAACUGCGUCUGGCUAAACGCGUGGCUGCUGGUUACUCUGAAAACAUCAGGUCUAGCAGGUGCAUUGUGUCAACUUCUCGGGAGUGUCAUUCUCGUAAGAGCAGCAGUACCACUAUGAGUCAAUGGAAACAAAUCCAGCAACUGGAUAUUAAGUUCCUUGAACAGGUGGACUAUUUUUAUGAUGACAACUUUCCAAUGGAGCUGAGACAGGUGCUGGCCAACUGGAUUGAAAGCCAGGACUGGGAAACCGCUUCAAACCAUGAAUCUAUGGCUACUGUACUCUUCAAUAACUUCCUCAUUCAACUGGAGAGGCAGUGUUCUCAGGAGCAGAACUUUCUUCACAGACACAACCUAAAGAGAAUAUUUCAUCAGAUACAGGUAAAAUACAAGGCGAAUCCUCUGCACAUGGCCGCUGUCAUCUGUAACUGCCUGAGGGAAGAAAGACGCAUCUUAUCCACAGCCAGCAUGCAGGAACAGGGGCCACUGGAGAAGUCAAUGCAAAACUCAGCCGCCUUGGAGAAGCAGAAAGUUCUUGACAACAAAGUGGCAAUCAUAAGAAGCAGCGUUCAGAUGCUGGACCAGGCUGUGAAGUAUCUUGAGGACAUGCAGGACGAUUUUGACUUUCGCUACAAAACACUCCAACUUCGAGAUCCAGUUGAGAGAAAUUCUUUAUCCAUGAAGCAAGAAGUCACUACACUUCAGGAAAUACUGAACCGCCUGGAUUUCAAAAGAAAGGAGAUUUUGUCAAAGAUUGCAGAUGUUAUAAAGGAAAUUGAUGCCUUGAUUUCCUCCCAGCUCACCCCUGAGCUUAAGGAAUGGAAACGGAGGCAACAGAUAGCAUGCAUCGGAGGACCAGUUCUGAUAGGACUGGACCAGCUCCAGAACUGGUUUACCCUGACAGCCCAGAGUCUUUUCCAGAUGAAAAGACAGCUAGACAAACUGGGUGAGCUGAUCCUGAAAGUCACUUACGAGGGUGAUCCAAUCCCUCUCCAGAGACCUCAGAUGGAGGAGCAAGUCAAAUACCUCAUCUAUCACCUCAUUAAAAGCUCAUUUGUGGUGGAGAAGCAGCCCUGCAUGCCUACACACCCUCAGAAACCUCUAAUCAUCAAAACACAGGUGCAGUUUACCACCAAGGUCAGAUUACUGGUUAAAUUACCUGAGGUGGAUUAUCAACUCAAAGUCAAGACAACAUUUGAUAAAGACCUUCCACCAGGCAAAGUGAACAGACAGUUCUUCAUCCCCACCAACAACACCAAAGUGAUGGAUGUUGAGGAGUCGACUGGAUGUCUUUCUGUAGAGUUCAGGCAUCUGCAGCUGAAAGAGAGAAAGUGUCCUACUGGAGGAAAAGGAAAUGAGGGUCCCCUGUCAACUUGCUCCCUGCCACUGGUGGUCAUCUCAAAUGUCAGUCAGCUCCCAGGGGGCUGGGCCUCCGUCAUGUGGUACAACCUUCUAACUGACGACCCCAAGAACCUUGGAUUCUUCAGUAACCCUUUGCGGGCAAGUUGGAGUCAACUCUCAGAGGUACUUAGCUGGCAGUUCUCAAGUUUUGCAGGCCGAGGACUCAACAAGGAGCAGCUUAACAUGCUGGGAGAUAAACUCCUGGGUCAACAUGCUUCUUAUAAUGACUGCCAGGUUUCUUGGUCCAAGUUCUGGAAGGAAAACAUUCCUGGCAAGUCAUUUAGUUUUUGGCUGUGGCUGGACUCGAUCCUGGACCUUAUUAAGAAACAUUUACUUCCUGUUUGGAUUGAUGGUUACAUAAUGGGAUUUGUGAGUAAAGAGAUGGAACGCGCCUUACUGAAGGAAAAAGAGCCAGGGACAUUCCUGCUACGCUUUAGUGAAAGUCACCUUGGAGGAAUCACCUUCACCUGGGUUGAGCAGGAUGAAAAUGGAGACCCAAAGUUCAUCUCUGUAGAGCCGUACACGAAAAACCGUCUCAACGCCUUGCCCAUUGCUGAUAUAAUACGGGACUAUAAGGUCAUUGCAGAUGGUGUUGUCCCAGAGAAUCCUCUGAAGUUCCUUUAUCCUGACAUCCCUAAGGAUGAGGCUUUUGGGAAACAUUAUAACAGCCAGCAAAACAAAGUUUGUCCUUACAUUCAGACACAGUUAGUUCCAAUUUCCCAUCGGAAUGGUCCAGUCCAAAAUGCAUGUUCCUCUCCUGAACCCCCCAUGUCUCCUGGAAUGUUUGAAAUUAUCACCCAACACCUCAGUCCCUUUGAGUUUGAAAGCGCUAUGAGUUCACCCUAGAAAGGGCAACAGCCACAUUUUGUUUGGAUCCAAGAUUAUAGAUGGGAUCUCUUUAUUUUAGCUUCUUUGUUGUUCUUCACUUUUCUGGCUGCAUCAUGUCUCUAUUUUCAUUUGCUGACAGAGAGUGUAUAUUCAAAAAUACUGUCAGUAUGAAGAUGUAUCAGAUGUAUUAUUAAUGUCAUAAUUCUAAAUUGCAGCAAUUUAUUUCUUAUUUACAAUAUAUGACUGGUCUCAUCUCAUCACCUGUAAAAUUCGGAUUUGCCCAAACCUUAAUCUGCCUUAAUUUUAUAACCAUUUUACUCUUUAUGUAUAUAUUAUGACAAGCAUAGUAUUAUUUUUUAAAUAAAGAAUUUAAUUGUUUAUCUAUGGUAUUAUUAUUAUUAUUAGUAGUAGUAGUAGUAGUAAUAUAAUAGUAAUGUGCACUCUUAAAAUACAAUGCAAUAUCCUGGCACACUGAGUAGGAAUUGUGGUUGUUCACAUAAUGAGGAUGGAAAUGUUGUUGAGUGGGCGGCAGCCAGUAUGUUACAUGUAACAUGGGAAAGGUUUUCACCCACAUUCUUCCUGUCAGCAUAUGUGAGGUGUUUGCACUGUAGAAUCCAGUAAUUUAGAGCUAGAAGUAAUCUAAUCAUGAUUUCCUUUAUAGUAUGUAGAUAUUAACCUUUAUAAACAGAAAACUUCCAUUAAAGUCUGUG